UUUCACCGACACAAGAUAAGAUAAACUGAUAAGGUGUACAAGAGCGAUAGUUAACUGUGUUCUGGAGUUGUGUGUUUAAGGAACACCACUAAUACUACACUCAGCUAAUUCAGUCUUAUUACUAGUAACCAAAAGAGCAUUAAUUCACGUUACAGUAACAUCUUCUUCAUCAAAUAAAACAUUACAUUCCGAGCAAAAUUUGUGCAUGAUGCAAAGGGUGAUUGUGAUGGUGAUGAUGGUGGUGGUGUGGGUAAUGUGUGCAUCCUACACCCCAGACUGCAACACUCGCAAGUCUUGUGCAGACUGCAUCCGCUCAGGCUGCAUGUGGUGUGGCAAGGAGAAUUUCACGGAUCUUCCAAGGUGUUCGAAGAAAAAUGAAAGUUUAAUAGAAAAAUACUACGAAAUUUGCGAGGAAUAUCUGAUAGAUCCAUUGUCAUACGUGGAGAUUACUGAGGAUGAGAAGUUAUCUACAGGAGAUGCUCAUGGUCAGGAAGACACCAUUAUUCAAAUUCGUCCUCAGAAAGUUGACAUAGAGAGCAGAGUGGGUGAGGCUCAAACAAUAAAAUUUACCUACAAGCACUUAAAGAAUUAUCCAGUUGACUUGUAUUAUUUAAUGGAUGGUUCCAAGUCAAUGAAAGAUGACAAGGAGAUGCUGACCCAGCUGGGCAAACAACUGGUGGAGAGCAUCAAGAAUAUUACAUCUAACUUCAGAGUUGGUUUUGGUAUUUUUGUUGACAAAGCCAUUCUUCCUUAUAUCUCCACACUUCCCUUUAAUGCUGACAGCUGUCCAGAAUGUGAGGCUCCAUUUAGUUACAAGAAUAUUCUGUCUCUGACUGAUGACUCUAGCAUUUUUGUGAAUGCAGUGAAAGAGAGCAAGGUAGCGAGCAACAUUGACUACCCUGAAGGAGGCUUUGAUGGUCUGAUGCAAGCCAUUGUGUGUGAAAGAGAGAUAGACUGGAGAAACCAGAGCACACGAUUGAUUGUCCUCUCCACAGAUGCUGGCUUCCAUAUUGCUGGUGAUGGCAAGCUGGGAGGCAUAACAAAACCGAAUGAUAAAACGUGUCAUCUGGAUGCGGAUGGAAGGUACACUCAUUAUGAUGUUCUUGACUACCCUUCAGUGGCUGAGAUCAGUGAAAUGGCAGAUAGUCGGCGCAUGCAGCUAAUCUUCGCCGUUACACAGGAGCAAGAACCUCUUUACUCUCACCUCAAAGAGCUCAUCCCAAGGACCAGUUUCAGCAUCCUGGAACAGGACUCCUCUAACAUUAUUUCUAUCCUCACUAGUCAAGUAAAAGAUAUCAUCAAUAGGGUAACAAUAAAUGUUGAAGGUGCUUCUGAUGCCAUCUCUGUGCAGCUGUAUUCCAAGUGUAAGGAUGAGAAACUGGAAGAACGCACACAGUGCAACAAUUUGAAUGCUGGAGAUGAAGUUGAAUUCAAAGUUGUUAUACAGGUGAACAAGUGCCCCAAAGACCAGGAUGAGUGGAUGAUAACACUCUUUAUCUCUCCUGAGGGCCACAAACAAGCUCUCACCAUUGAUCUCACUAUGAUGUGUGACUGCAAGUGUGAGCAACCUGGAGAUCAGGGUUUUAUUGUCAAUGCUGAUCAGUGUAGUAAAGUGGGAGACUAUAAGUGUGGAGUGUGUAGCUGCCAUCCUGGCUACAUUGGUGAUAAAUGUGAGUGUGAGCUCAGUGGCAAUGAAGUACAAAGCACGGAUGAGUCGUGCAAACUUACUAACUCCUCACUUGUGUGCAGUGGUCAGGGAGACUGCAUCUGUGGCAUGUGUGUCUGCAAGACUCUCAGGAAACCAGAGAAAAUUUGGGGAGAUUUUUGCGAGUGUACAAAUUACCAAGGCUGUACUAGUCCAAAUGGGAUCCUUUGUUCCAACAAUGGUAAUUGUGAUUGCAAUAAAUGCAUAUGUAAUUAUGGAUGGAUUGGUCAGUUUUGCGAGUGUGAGAAUGGUACUCAAGAAAAUUGCAUAAACCCACAGGUACAAGAAAUGUGCUCAGGUCAUGGUACAUGUGAAUGUAAUCAGUGCCGGUGCAUCGCUCCGUACUUCGGCAAGUUCUGCGAAGACUGCCUUGAAUGUCCUGGGAAGUGUGAUGAAUUUAAGUCAUGCGUCGAGUGUCAACUCUCCAGUGGAGAAGAGAGCUCUCUUGCCGACUGUCACACCAACUGUACGCUCUUUGACUUUACUUUGGUCGAGUCCAUUGCAGAAAUGAGUGGACCCACUUGUACUUUCUUUGACAAAAACAAUUGCAGAGUCCAUUUCCUCUACAAGACAAGUACUGAGGGAAAACUGUAUGUGUGGGUGCAGAAAAAUUUAGAGUGCCCCACGUAUCAUAAUAUAUAUUUUAGUGUGUUAGGAGUCUUGAUAGCUGUGGUGGUUAUUGGACUAGCUACAAUCAUUGCCUGGAGGAUCAUAGUUUCUAUCCAUGAUAAGAGGGAGUAUGCAAAAUUUAUAUUGGAUCAACAAAGUGCCAAAUGGAGUGAGAAUGUAAGUCCAAUCUACAAACCUGCUGUAACUGAGGUGAAGAAUCCACUCUUUGGAGUUAAAACAGAUUAACUUUCUGGUUCCGAGUUACAGGUUGUAGCAGUUAUAACAGUAUUACUAUUAUAGUACUCUAUUCUAUAAGACUAUUGAUUCUAGUAAAUCAUAUUAUUCUGUAA